UGUUACUGAUAUUUUCUUCUCGUUUUUUUUUGAAUUCUUUGAUCUACUUGUUUCUUUUUCAGUCAAUAAAAAUCAAAUUGUUCGACUCUACAGUCGUUUUCUGUCUUUAGAUAAGAAAGGUCAAGGGUUUCUGUCACGCGACGAUUUCCUAAAUGUGCCAGAAUUAGCUGUGAACCCCCUGGGUGAUCGUAUCGUGGAUGCCUUUUUUACACUAGCUGGUGAAAACGAACAACAGUUAAACUUUCGCCAAUUUGUGCGUAUACUAGCGCAUUUUCAACCGAUAAAUCGAUCGAAGAAGAACUCAUUGAAUGGAAGAAAGGAGAAGCUGAAAUUCGCUUUUCAAAUGUACGACUUAAACAAAAAUGGGUACAUUACACGUGAAGAGUUCAAAGUUAUCCUUAACAGUAUGGUAGGUGCAAACAUUACUGCAGAACAGCUCGACAAGAUAGCGGAUAGAACUAUUGAGGAAGCUGAUGGUGAUAACGAUGGACGUAUAUCUUUCGAUGAGUUUUGCAGGGCGAUGGAAAAAACUGACAUCGAAGAGAAGAUGUCCAUCCGAUUCCUCAACUGA